GCCCUAAAGAUUUUGCCCUAACAGUGGGAAAUGCUUACUUCCUGUCAUUUGUUAUGGACAAAUUUGGUAUGGACUCACUUGAUGCAGAACCAAAACACCUUCACCUGAAGACCAACAUCAAAUUUAUGCAAAAUAAGUACAAGAAAGAUGUCUUUCACAGCAUCAUGGAUGAGGUUAUACAGGAGCUUGUGUGCACUUCUCCAAAGGAGGAACAUGAAGUUUUACUGAAUGUGGAUAUCUUGGACACUCACCUUGCAGUCAAUAGCGUAGUGGAUGGAAGAAUGCUCAAGUUUGAUUUGAAUAUUAACAACAACAACGUCAUAUUUAACGUUACACCGGAACAGGCUAAACACGGAGUCACAGUUGAUAUCUGUUUGUCAAAUCAUAAAAUCCCAGUCAGGAUUAUAAAAUCUGAAGCAGGAGAAUCGGAUGAUUUACACAAUUACGUUAUGCAGUUCCUUCAGUGGUACCUUUGGAUUUUAACCUUCACAGAUGCCAUUAAGGAGAUUCAGAGAGAACAAACAUGACAUUGAAAUUUUGCUAGAUGAAGGGUACCGGAAU